AUGGAAUUUCUUCCUGAUGAACUUCUCAUAAUUAUCUUUCGUUAUCUGCACAGAUUCGAUCUGAUCUACUCAUUUGACAAUUUAAAUCAACGUUUUCAGCGUAUCAUCGAACCUUAUCUCAAUUGUAUUGAUCUUAUUCGAGAAAAUCCUUCAUUUAAACUCUUUUUACAUUUUUCCAAACAUAUUCUUCCUGUAUAUGGUCAUAAAAUUCGCGAACUUAAACUUCCUGCCGAAUGUACAUAUCAUCUAUUAUCAUCUUAUGUUCAAUAUUUAACUAAUCUAGAAUCUUUGACAUGGAAUUCAUGCACACUUCGGCAUGAUUCACAGUGUUCUCUACAAAAACAGAUUCUCAGUAAAAUUCUAAAAAUGAAUUCUAUUUCGAAACUUUCAACAUCUACUCUGUCAUAUGCUCUGGCUUCACUUGUUACUUCUUUCGCUUCAAAGAACUUGACGACAUUAAUUGUACUAGAUGAAAGUACUUUGAAAUAUCGUUAUGAAAGUUGGAAGGGCAUUGCUCACAAUCUCUAUUCUUAUUAUGAUACAAUACAAAUGCACGGUAUCAAAUUCUUUUCGAUGACUCUACGUGAAUUCGAUUCAACAACGUUAACCUUCAUUUGCGAUUUUUUUCCAAAUCUUGAAGGAUUAAAAUUAUCAAUAUCGGAAAUUCGAUUCGAUCCAUCAGACAACCUUUAUAAGAUAUCAGUACCGAGAACUCUGGAAAGUUUAUACUUAGAAUUUAAACAAAAAAAUGAACUAAGCUGUAAAAUAUUAAAGAAGAAAUUUCUCGAUGUGUUCAAUAAUCAACUUCGAUCAUUGACUUUAAUUAUAACCAAUGCUGCAAGGGAAUUUUUUGAUUAUGAAAAAUGCAAUGGACUGAUGAGUGAUUGUGCUCGACUCGAAACAUUUCAAUAUUACAUUCGUUCACAUUUUCAACCUGAUUCACGCUUUCCGAAUGUUGAAUGUCUUUUGGACUCAACCUACAUUGUCUUUACUUUACCUCUAUUAUGUGCGUCAUGUCCAGUCUCUGAAAUACAACGAAUCGUAGACUUUUACGAAAAUAUUACUGUGGAAAAUUUACUAAACUGUGAUUCACUUUUCAUCGACACUAGAAAUAUUCCACAAACGAUGUUUCAAAUAUACAACAUCGAUAGACUUCUUCACCUAAAUACAUUAAAAUUUAAUUUUUUUGAGAAGUCUUCAAAGCCUGAAGAGUAUCAGUUUUUGUCAAGACUCAUUUCUCUGUCACCAAAUCUUAAUACGUUAUUCAUCUAUGAUUCUGAUUCGAAAAUCAUUAUUGAACAAUUGAAAAAUAUUCUUCCGAAAAAAUCUUCAAAUAAAAUUAUUUACUGCUAUAUUGAAGAAUCUCUAAAGUGUGGUGAUAGCCAUGUUUGGACGCCAAAUACAACCAAAUAUCAUGCAGCAUUCUUUUAUGAACUAUCACAAAUCUUAUCUAACCUCAAUAUACUCGGAUUUCAAUCUGACGAACAAUUUGCUGAAGAGUAUUUAACAGUAUUCACUACAUUUGUUAAGGAUAUAAAAAGUUAUUUUCCUCGAUUGACGCACUUAAAAUUAGAAGUUGUUGAAGGCAAGGAUAGUAUGUUUAAUAAUUAUAAAAAAGACUUAGACGAAUGCGAUUGGUUAAACUACACAACUCAAUUGAAAUACUAUCAAGAUUAUGAUGGUUGGGUGUAUAACGUACCCGAGUUUGACAUUUGGUUCUAA